AAUAGAAAUUGCACUCUGCUCCAGUGAGUUUUCCCUCCCAGCCUCACACCUGAAGAGAGCCGUCUCUGGACUGCAGGUUUACACUGUUUUUCUGACGCCACUUCCAUCUACAGAGCCUUAAAGGAUGGUAUUUGACUACAUUCCCGUUCUAGAGAUCUUCCUGGGCAUCAUGGGCUUCGGCCUGUCCAUCAUGUUCUGCACGACCUUCUGCAGGGCCUGCAGUCGCCUCAGGGAGGAGCAGAUAGAGAGGGAGGCAUGGAGACGCUCCGAGAUGGAGACACGUACUCCUCCGAUAUUUUUUAUCCCCUUCCAUGGAAGCAUUUCACAUGACGGCGAAGACCUUCCCAGGGUGCCUCGAUACAGCCAGGAGCUCCACACACCACCACAUUAUACCAAUGGUGGCUUCUGUGGGCCUCCACCUGCCUAUAAUGAGCUGGGACUGAAGCCUGAUGAUCAACCCCCUGCUUACACAGAGUAUAAUGUUCCUCACACAGACGCGGUCCAAGCAGCAGCAGCGUCGGAAUAAUAAGCCAGGACCAUCACUCUGCUUAUGGACAGUGUUCAUUAUUGAACUGCCUCAGGGACUUGAGUGAGCUGUUGCAGGAGUUUAUAAUGUUUGAAAGAUUCUUUUUAUUGGGAGCUUGUUUUUUUUUUUUAUUGUGGUUAAUGAAUGUGAUGAUGGCACAGAGGGGAUAAAAGCUGCACGAAUGGCACCAUGCGUAAAGCUACACUGCCAUGAGUAUACAGCACGUUAUCCGAGCCACUAAAACACUUACGACCCAAAAUAGAUUUUAUUCCCAUGUGUGAUGAGUGUUAAAAUAGGUUCUGUGUGCCUCAUUUCCCCACUUCUUAUCUCCAACAAUGAGGUUUUGCUUUUGAUUCUUCUUGUUUGCAUGUGUGCCUGUUUUUCUUUUUUUAUUAGGAGGAUCUAAAAAAUCACUUUAAAAGUAUUAGUUGAAUGAAAUUGGUGUUAAUUCAAAUGUGAAUGUAAAUCCAAUGGUGCCACUAUGUGGCCAUCUAUGAAGCACUUUGUUUUGGCUCAUGUCUCCUGAAAUGUGAGGAGUGGGUGCCAUUUUUUCCUCUCGAUUCACUUUUCCAGUGUUUUCAAUUUCAAUCAAAACUGUUUACACCACUUUUAAUCAAUUUUUCAAAUCUUCACAAAAUCCAACAUUAUAUAUUUGGACGAGCCGAAUAUGUAAUAUCACUUCCCUGGUUGCCGGAGCCUUGAAGUUGUGGCCUGAAAAUUUGAAAUUAUUAUUAAUAAGUGUUUUUAUAAUUCUGUGCAAUCCUACAUAAUUUAUUACAACCACAUGACAAACUAUGAUGGCCAUAACUCAGUAUUCACAUGUUGCAUGAUUUUCUUUGCACAAAUAUCCACAAAAUCUAAAUAUUCAUAGACAGGAUUAAGAUUUUUGCUAAAAAUCAUCAUCAUCUUCUCAGGUUAACUGUCUAUUACUAUGUGUAUUUAAAUGGAGAUUUUGAUUCCAAUGCUGAUUGAAAAAGUUGAAAAAUGGUUUAAAUCUCAGGACAAAAUGUAAAUAAUAAUUAUAGUAGCUGGUCUACAAACAGAUCCUUGAAUAGUAUAGGAAAAAUACUUGUGUCACUCCACUUAUAUAUAUGUAUAAAAUUAUUAGAAAUAUAGGCUGAAUUCAGAAAUCUACCUUUAUAUAUAUUUAAUUUUAUACCACAUUUCUAUGUAAAUACAACAUGUUCAUAAUGAUGAUAUUGUGUGUGCAUAUCGUAUGUUUUUCAACAAGCAAUAAACA